GAGCGCCGCCUCUUUCUCAGUCCACCUGUCUGCUGGGUUACCUGUAGCAGCUUCUUUGGCCGCUCCUUCUCCUGAAAGGCUGAAAUCCAGGCACAGGAGGGAAAAAGAAGAGGCCAUGGGGAGGCAAAAGAGAACCCUGGGACUUGGAUUGAGUCUAUUACUAAGCUGUGCAUUUCUCUCCAGCUCCCACUCUGCGGCUGUGGAAGAUGUAAGAACAGGAGGAACAGCGCUAUGCGGCGUGCCCUCCAUGGGUCGAAUCAUCGGUGGCAUGAAUGCCCAAAGGGGACAGUGGCCCUGGCAGGUCAACCUUAACUUUGACGGUCAUCACGUCUGCGGAGCUACUCUCAUUGCCCCACAGUGGCUGGUCACAGCCGCACACUGCUUUCCUCCAGUAAAUCCCAUAGAUAGGUAUGAGGUGACCUUGGGGGCCUUCCAGCUUAAAAACCCCUCGGAUGACCUUGUGGAGAAACUGAUCCAAGAAGUGCUGAAACACCCCGAAUAUACUGACGAUGAGGGGUCGAAAGGGGACAUUGCCCUUGUAAAACUUAAGGAACCGGUCUCCUACACUCGGACAAUCCGGCCCAUCUGCCUGCCUGCCUCUACUGUCGAUUUCCCCAGAGGAAUGAAAUGCACCGUCACUGGCUGGGGAAACAUCCUCACAUCUACGAGCCUUCCUUCACCCAUGACGCUGCAGCAGCUUGAAGUGCCUAUCAUCGGACUGGAUACUUGCAAGUGCCUCUAUAGCAAAGACCCAGAUCCCGAAGACCCUCAUGUCCUCCACAAUGAUAUGAUGUGUGCUGGCUUCGCUGAAGGAAAGAAAGAUGCCUGUCAGGGUGACUCCGGCGGACCCCUGUCCUGCCGAAUUGGUGACGCUUGGUUGCUGGCUGGAGUCGUGAGCUGGGGGGAUGCCUGUGGGGCUGCCAACAGACCCGGCGUCUAUAUCCGCACCGCAGCCUAUGCUGACUGGAUUAAGGAGAAGGUUCCCGAGGUGGCGCUCAGCAAUGUGGUUGCCAGCAUGGAACCAGUUUCUGAAACAGGCAUGUGCUCCAAUACUUCUAGCACUAGUGACCGAGGACCUUACGAUGAUAUUCAGCCCUUACCCGGGUGGAACCGUCCCCUCAACCCCAGCCAACCUCCCCCAGGCAGUGCAGCCCCUUCGCUUUCAUCAGCCAGCCUCUCCCUUAUUUUCCUUCUCUUCCAGAGUUUCUAUUAUCUUCUAUAAAUUGCACCACAAAUGUUGCACCCAAUUGUGUAGGGAGAGUGUCCCUUCCUACUCCCAUACUCAGUGGAAGGUCCCACUAUUUCACAAUUGCACACCUUUUUUGCUUUGUGUUCUAAGCGUAUUUAAUUCUGUUAUUAAAUGGCAACCUUUUGCUAGUGCAGAGGUUUCUAUCAAGCCUUAGGUUUCAGCCCAAUGUUUACCUCAUAGGCACACCUUGAGCCUCCGCCUGCUACAUACCUUUUAUGUGCCAAUAGAAAAUAAUGGUUCAUGCUUCAGGUUUCUUUUAAUUCUUGGCACUCUCACUCUUUGGUUUGUGUGUGUGCGCGUGUGUUUAAUUUCACAUCAUGGUAUAAUGCAAUUUCUUAACACCAAAUGGCCGUCUCUUUUCCAACUUGGCUUUUGAAUCUCUAUGUUAUAAAGUUCCAUUUACAUUUUAAUGGCUUGCUAUCGGAUUCUAAUGUCAGACUAAUAAUCUGUUUUCCUUGUCCUGUCUUCUUUCAACUUAUUUCAUAUAUUUUUUUCUAAAAAAAACCUUGGACCUCAGUCUGCUCCAUGUAGAUAUUCCUCUUGUUCUCCUCCUUUCUUGUAGCCUUUCCAGCCUUGAUAACCAGUCUGCUCAGUCCUUAACUACUGUGGCUACGAUAUUAGUUCCCUUUGGUAGUCCUUUUUCUUCCUAAAUGCCUGCCCAUCCUUUCUAUUUGAGUCUAACAAGAGACCACAGAUGCGCAGGUGUGUCUGGCCCAAAGCUAAAUGUGCCAUGUUUUCCAAGUUGCAUUGGCAGUCUGUAAACCGCUGUGUGCUAACCCAAAGGUCUUGAUCCUUCACAGGACAGCCUAAAGGAAUCUAAGCUAUCCCUACCUAGAUACCCUUGAAGGGUGAUUUUGGGGGUCCCUGUUUUUUAGUCAGACAGGACCUGAGUCUAUGGUAGAGAUUGUAAGUGGAAGGCACCUAUGAGAGUAUCUUGACAGGCCUCCCGUCUAUAUUCAUACAGAUUUGUUCAACACUACUGAUGAAGAAUGUUCAGUGGCACCUGGUCUGCUCUCUGCUUUUUGGAUUUUGCUGGCCAGCUUGUUUGUGGCGUACAUCUUUGGGACGGUCUAAGGCUCCCACCUUUACCCUUCCAGCUCAGUGACUUUUUGAAAAAGGAGCUAUGGAGCCAACCUAUUGCCUGUUACAUUUUGAUCCAGCCCCAACUCUUGUGUUGACUGUACUAUAGGUUUACCUCACUUGGACAUUUCCAUUUUGUGUCGAUGGAUCUUUCCAGGCGUGAUUGAAGCUGUCAGGGUGUGUGUGUGUAUGCAUGUGCGUGAAUGUCACAAGAGAUUUUGGGAAAUGAUGUCAUCAAGGCAAUGUUCUCUCUGAAUUCAGCAUCCUGUAUUGUUAGCUUGACAGUUUUAUUUAUGGUGUGUGACUCAAAUAUGAAGCAAGUAGGAUGUAACACUUUGACGUAAGUGUGCUGGCAUGUUGUAUGUGCAAAACCACGGCUGGUAUGGACACAAGUGCCAGUAGGUGUAUCUCCUCCCCCCCCCCCCCCCCCUUUUACAUGAAGAAUGAAGAUGACAAGUGGGAAAAAAUGAUUGACCUCCCUGGGUACUUGCAGACAUUUUUAAGUAGCUUAUAUUUGCACAACUUUUUAAAAAGAUGUAAGCAUCGCUUUGUUGGGAAAAAUGAGAUAUAGAUGCUACUCUAUUGUGGUUUUUAAUAAACUGAAUGCAAAUUUUGCAA